AUGACAGACUUGCCCCAGGCUAUCCACCCGGACGUCAUCAACAGGCUCAGGCCUGAGUACGUCAAGUUUCACAAUGAACACAUCGCGCCCCGCAUUCCGCCCCAUACAAUCCCUUGGGAUCCUGCAAUCCGCAAUGCUCCCGCGAUCCCGGGCGGGUCUCCGGUCCAGAAGGUUGGGAGCGUACGGGAUAUACUACUCGAUAAUCAUAAAAUACGGGUCUUUACGCCCUCGGGAAGCCCGCCCGAGAAGGGCUGGCCUGUGUAUAUUGAUAUUCACGGUGGUGGCUGGACGCUUGGGAGCAUCGAGACCCAGAACGCGUUUGCUUCGCGUCAAUGCAAUGAGCAAAAGUGCAUCGCGAUCAGCGUAGAUUAUCGUCUGGCUCCCGAGCAUCCAUAUCCCGCUGCGGUGGAUGACGCGGUCGCGACUCUCUUAUGGGUGCAUCAGAACGGCAAGGACGAGCUCAGUGCGGACAUUACCAGGAUUGCUGUUGGUGGCUCCUCGAGCGGGGGAAAUUUAGCCGCAGUCCUCGCGCUAAAGGCGCCGCAGAUGAACCCACCAGUAUCCAUCGUAUUCCAGCUUCUGAUGGUCCCCGUUUGCGACAACACAGCGACGAUCGAGGGCCCCUAUCCUUCGUGGAAAGAGUGUCAGAACACGGUGUGGCUGAGCUCUGGGCGGAUGCUGUGGUUCCACGACUACUACUUCCCGAACAAGGAAGACUGUAUCAAGUGGGAUGCCUCGCCUAUGCUCGCGCCGGACGAGAUACUCGCCAAGGUCGCACCCGCAUACGUUGGCAUCAUGGAGCUCGACAUUCUCCGCGACGAAGGCAUCGCGUACGGAGAGCGGAUGAGAAAUCUUGGGGUUCCAGUCGAGAUUAAGGUGCACAACGGCGUGCCCCAUCAGAUCAUGGGCAUGGAUGGUGUGCUGGACUGUGCGAAAGAGGUGUCAGACGAUGCGACUAGAGCGCUUGGAGAAGCCUUCAAGAAGUAUUAG